AUGAAGAUCAAAGAGCUGAAGAGGACAGUCAAUGUGAGCUGGUCGCCUGCGGAGCAAUAUCCGAUUAUGCUCGCGGCCGGCUCGGCCGCGCAGCAAGUCGAUGCAUCUUUUAGCUCAAAUGCGUUCUUGGAACUAUAUUCUUUGAACUUGGAGGAACCCGGCAUGGACCUAGAGCUUAAGUCUAGUUUACAAACACAGCACAAAUUUCAAAAACUUGUGUGGUCAGGGGCAGGUGUUAUUGUUGGAGGAUGUGAUGGAGGUUUAUUGCAGUUCUACAAUUCUGAUAAACUUUUGAAUAACUCAGCAGAUGCUCUUGUUGGAAGUAGCUCAAAACAUAGUGGCCAUGUGUCAGCGCUUGAUAUUAACCCUUACCAGCGGAACUUGCUGGCAUCAGGAGCUUCAGAGAGUGAGAUCUUCAUUUGGGACUUGAAUAAUACUAGUCAACCUAUGGCGCCUGGCAAUAGAAAUCAACCUUAUGAUCAUGUACAGGGCCUGGCUUGGAAUCAACAGGUUCAACACAUUCUUGGUUCCACAUUUGCUAAUAGGUGUGUAGUUUGGGACCUGAGGAAAAACGAACCUAUUAUGAAACUGAGCGACUCUCAGUCGCGUACACGUUGGCGAUCGUUGGCUUGGCAUCCGUCUGUGGCGACGCAACUUUGUAUCGCUUCCGAAGAUGACCAGGUUCCUGUUAUUCAACUUUGGGAUCUUAGGCUGGCAGCUUCGCCUCUGGUAACACUUGAGGGUCAUCAAAAAGGAGUACUCUCUCUAUCAUGGUGCCGACAGGACCCAGACCUUCUUGUAUCAGCUGGCAAAGAUGGCCGUCUUCUCUGUUGGAAUCCCAACAACACGAAACCGGGCGGGGAGCUGGUGCUGGAGGUGUGCCGGCAGGAGGCGUGGGUGUUCGAGGUGGGCUGGUGCCCGCGCAGCCCCGCGCUGCUGGCCAGCGCCUCCUCCGAGCAGCAGGUCGCCGUGCACGCGCUGCUGCCCGCUCGCAUGCCCGACACGAGCGUGCACAACCAGAGCAACAUGCUGGAGUCGUUCGGCGGCGCGGGGUCGCUGGGCGCGCUGCCGAGCGUGGCGCGCGCCGCGCCGCCGCCGCCGCCGCCGCAGCCCGCGCGCGCGCCGCGCUGGCUGCGCAGGCCCGCCGCCGCGCGCUUCGCGUUUGGUGGUAAGCUCGUGACUUUCGAAAAGUGUCCACAAGAGGCCGGCUCACAGAAACUGGUUUAUAUUAGCCAGGUGGUGAGUGAACCGGAAAUAGUUGAGAAAGCUACGGAAUUAGAUAAUGUGUUAAGUCUAACAUUAAAUCAAGAACCAGGAGCCACGGAGAAACUCGCAGAGUACUGUCGCCAGAAGGGUGAAGAGGCGACCGAUCAACACGAGCGCUACGUGUGGUUCUUCCUGCGGGCCAACUUCCUGCCCACGUUCCGCAGUGAAGUGCUUAACUUGCUCGGAUUCAAGCAAGAUGACAUCUCGUCAAAAUUCAAGAAUUCUCUGCUCUCAACGGGAGACGCACAGCCUGGCGUGGCGGCUUUGAGUCGAGGCGAGUCCACGGAGACCGAGGCCGAGCUUUCCACCGACACCAGCACAGACCUCUCGGAAGCACACACGUUGAUCGAGAGAAAACUAGCGAAUCUUGACUUAGAACCUUCAGUCUCCAAUGUUGUCAUACCUAACGGGGAUGACUCGACAAGCCUAAUUUGCCGCGCCUUGGUCUGCGGCAACUUGGAGGAGGCGGUGGAAAUGUGUUUGGAGGCUAAGAGAGUAGCCGACGCACUUAUUAUUGCUUCAUUGGGCAGCCAAGAGCUGUUGUACAAGGUGCAGAAGUAUCACCUGAGCGCGAGUGCUGGAGAAGCGGUGUCGCUGGUGGCGAGCUGCCUGCUGCAGGGCAACUGGGACGCGCUGGUGCGCGGCGCCGCGCCCGCCAGCUGGAGGGAGACGCUGGCCGCACUCGUCACGCACUGCGAUGGGGAUGCACUCAUACACUAUUGCGAGAUGCUGGGCGCGAAGCUGUCCGCGGAGAAUGAGCCGUCAUUGCGCGGCGCGGGUGCGCUGUGCUACGUGUGCGCGGCGCGCGAGCACGCGGCGGCGGCGGGGCGGGGCGCGGGGGGCGCGCGGGGCGGGCGCGGCGCGCGGGACGCCGGCGCGCUGGCGCAGCGCGCGCAGCUGGCGCUGCUGCUGCGCCGCGCCGCCGCCGCACGGGGACGUACGCCGCAGGUAUGUUGCCGCAUCAUCGCGCGGCGCGGGGGGCGCGCGGGGCGCGCGGGGCGGGCGCGGCGCGCGGGACGCCGGCGCGCUGGCGCAGCGCGCGCAGCUGGCGCUGCUGCUGCGCCGCGCCGCCGCCGCACGGGGACGUACGCCGCAGGUAUGUUGCCGCAUCAUCGCGCGGCGCGGGGGGCGCGCGGGGCGCGCGGGGCGGGCGCGGCGCGCGGGACGCCGGCGCGCUGGCGCAGCGCGCGCAGCUGGCGCUGCUGCUGCGCCGCGCCGCCGCCGCACGGGGACGUACGCCGCAGGUAUGUUGCCGCAUCAUCGCGCGGCGCGGGGGGCGCGCGGGGCGCGCGGGGCGGGCGCGGCGCGCGGGACGCCGGCGCGCUGGCGCAGCGCGCGCAGCUGGCGCUGCUGCUGCGCCGCGCCGCCGCCGCACGGGGACGUACGCCGCAGGUAUGUUGCCGCAUCAUCGCGCGGCGCGGGGGGCGCGCGGGGCGCGCGGGGCGGGCGCGGCGCGCGGGACGCCGGCGCGCUGGCGCAGCGCGCGCAGCUGGCGCUGCUGCUGCGCCGCGCCGCCGCCGCACGGGGACGUACGCCGCAGGUAUGUUGCCGCAUCAUCGCGCGGCGCGGGGGGCGCGCGGGGCGCGCGGGGCGGGCGCGGCGCGCGGGACGCCGGCGCGCUGGCGCAGCGCGCGCAGCUGGCGCUGCUGCUGCGCCGCGCCGCCGCCGCACGGGGACGUACGCCGCAGGUAUGUUGCCGCAUCAUCGCGCGGCGCGGGGGGCGCGCGGGGCGGGCGCGGCGCGCGGGACGCCGGCGCGCUGGCGCAGCGCGCGCAGCUGGCGCUGCUGCUGCGCCGCGCCGCCGCCGCACGGGGACGUACGCCGCAGGUAUGUUGCCGCAUCAUCGCGCGGCGCGGGGGGCGCGCGGGGCGGGCGCGGCGCGCGGGACGCCGGCGCGCUGGCGCAGCGCGCGCAGCUGGCGCUGCUGCUGCGCCGCGCCGCCGCCGCACGGGGACGUACGCCGCAGGUAUGUUGCCGCAUCAUCGCGCGGCGCGGGGGGCGCGCGGGGCGGGCGCGGCGCGCGGGACGCCGGCGCGCUGGCGCAGCGCGCGCAGCUGGCGCUGCUGCUGCGCCGCGCCGCCGCCGCACGGGGACGUACGCCGCAGGUAUGUUGCCGCAUCAUCGCGCGGCGCGGGGGGCGCGCGGGGCGGGCGCGGCGCGCGGGACGCCGGCGCGCUGGCGCAGCGCGCGCAGCUGGCGCUGCUGCUGCGCCGCGCCGCCGCCGCACGGGGACGUACGCCGCAGGAAGACAAAUUGGAUAUGUCUUUGAAUGAGUACGCGAAUCGACUAGCCGAGCAGGGCUGUCUGCAAAGUGCUUUAGCUGCACUGCAGGGAACUCAGCAUGAACUGGCACACCGUCUGCAGAAAGCACUUGGCAUGCUGCAGAACGAGCAUGGAGCGACACAGAUGGGCACGCAGCAUCAGCGCCAGCAUCAGUUUGGCGCACGGACAACUUCGCACGUGCAAUCACACACACACGUACAGCCCACGCCACAUAACGACCUCGCUAAUGCAUUCGGACCGGGUGUGGCAGUGGCGAGCGAGGCGGGCUGGCAGCAGCCCGCGCGUCCCGCCAGUGUGGGCACGCCGCACGGUGGGAUAACAAGCCGGUCGAAGUACAAAGUGGACCCGUCAGUCCAAGCCGCCCCCAUGUAUAACCAGUACAGUUACAGCAAUCCGGUGACGUCACAACCUCACUCGUACGGCUUCAACAGCCCGCUGCCCGACCAGUACAGCGCGGCGAGCGUGCCCAACCCCGGCUACACCCCGGCCAACACAAUCAACCCCAUCAACCCCGCACCACUGAACCCAAUGAAUCCGCUAAAUCCCACGCCGAACCCGCUAAAUCCCACCCCAAUGAACCCGUUAAAUCACGCACCUAUGAACCCCGCUCCGAUGAAUCCACUACACCCAAUAAAUCCACUAAAUCCAAUAAACCCAAUAAAUCCAAUAAACCCAAUAAACCAAUUAAACCCAAUGAAUCCAUUAAACCCUGUAAAUCCAGUAGCAGCCAGCGUGGCCCCAACCCAGGCUACGAAUGGCGGCUACUACGCACCCGCUAAGCCCGUGCCGCCGGGAUGGAAUGACCCACCUAUGAUGACGUCCAAAUCAAAGCACGUAGGCACCGAAGAGAUGUCGGCAAUGCACGCCGGAACACGGCAGUGGAGCCACAUUAUUGAGAAUAGGCGUCACGUAGAGCGACAGGCAGAGGGCGGCGCGCCGGUCGCGCAGGCGCCCAUCACGCACCCGCUGUUCGGCGCCGAGCCGCCGCAGCACGUGCCGCUCGGCCCGCCCGCCCCUCCCGCCCCGCCCGCCCCGCACCAGCCCGCGCCCGCGCAGCAGCCCUACAGCAGCCAGCAGCAGUUCUACCCCGAGCACCACAAUUACGUGCCCUACGCGCAACAGGCGCAGCCAGCGCAGCCCGCGUACACGCAACAGGUUGAAAGUCAAACGGUGCCUGAACCGACUCCCGUGCAGAAGCCGCCCAUCCCGCAGGAGUACGCCGUCAUCCAGGCGGUGUUUGAUUCUCUGCACGCGGACUGCUGUCAAAGAGCCACCAACCCUCAAAUGAAGAGAAAACUGGAUGAUAUCCAAAGAAGACUAGAGAUGCUGUAUGACUUGCUACGCGAACACAAGCUGUCGGGCGGCGCGGUGGGCGCGCUGGGCGCGUGCGCGGAGAGCGCGCGCGCGGCGCAGUGGGACGCGGCGCUGCGCGCGGCCGCCGCGCUGGCGGCCGGCGAGGACUUCGCGGCCGCAGCCUCCUUCCUGCCCGGCCUCAAGCUGCUGCUGCAGCUCGCCCAGCACACGCACCACCACGCUACGUAA